AUGGCAUUCUUGCUGGAAUGUGAAGAGUGGCGUGUGCUCCAAGCCAUAGCAACGCUCCUCGAGGAAGGAAAGGCAUACUGUGAGCCUCGUGCGCUAACAGUGCCUGGAUGGAGUCAAGACCUUCAUCAGCUGUUUUGGGUCGAGCUACGGGGGAUCCUGGCCUACAGAGAACGAGAUCCCUAUUUGCCGAUGGCUCUCUUCCACAACUGUCAAGUCAAACUGAGCAAUGUGUGUGUGCUGUUGAGCAGACUUGUCAACUGUAGGCGUGUAACAGUACAUGCCGAGGGCGAAGCAGAAACGUGCGAAUACAAAGGAUCUGCGUACCCGUUUUUGCACGGCCUUGUAAGCUUUCUCCAAACAUCAACGGGGAUAUUGAACUUGGCCGGCGGUCCCGAUUCCGUACUGCUGGAGCUUCCGAGAGGUAUCAGCCAGAUUGAACAAUAUCUGUACACUGUGAUGGAAUGCAAUCGACUCAUCAAGGGACUUUUUCAAGCGCCUACCGUGCAGCACGGAGCAAGCGGUCAGCCAAUUUUUACCGUCAAAGGUCCUAUGUGGAGCGAUACCCGACACAGAGACAAAGCUAUCACGGUGUUUCGCAGUCUCUUUGAGCGACUACGAUGUGGGAUACAGCACGAGAUCUUGCUCAAAGUUCCAGAUAAUAGCCUGCCUCGGCAUGUUCAACAGGAACUAUACCUGUUGCUCCGUGUCCAUAAGCAAAUCUCCAGCUGGUUACGGCGUGAUAACUUUGAUGCUUUCGAGGAAGACUUGACGGUACAAUACUGUAGCGGCGGAGCAGAGAAGGCGACGUAA